AUGGAAAUACUACCAAAUGAAAUUCUUCUUGAUAUAUUUUCUUAUCUUGAAUGGUUCGAUACGUUAACGUGUUUUUGGUCAUUAAAUAUGCGUUUCAAUUCUCUUGUGUGUUUAGUUCUUUCAACAAAUGAUAAUUUAUUAAAUCCUGGUCUUUUUAUUGAACAAGGUUUAUCUUAUAAUAAAUUUUCUUCCAUAUUAUUUCCAUUGAUUUUAAAUUCAUCAUCUCUUUGUUCUUCUAUUCAACGUAUUUAUUUUGAUGGAACAAACUCAAUAACUUGUGAUCUUAUUUAUGAAUUAUUGUUUAAUGAUAAAAAAAUUCUUCGUUUUCCUAAUCUUAAAUCACUUGUCCUCACUCGAUGUGGAUCAAUUGAAGCAAUAGUUGAAAAUUUAUCUUAUCUUAUUGAACAUCAAUUAGAUGAACUUACAUUAACAUUUGAUGAGCACGUAUUCAACCGAUUUUAUUAUAUAAAAAAACAUUUAUCAAUGGUUUCUGAUAAAGAAAAACAAUUAAACAUGAUCAAACAAUUUCUUUGUCAAUUAUUCUCAAGACAAUGUCAAUUAAAAUCUCUUCGACUUGAUAUUAGCUAUGGAUUUAUUGAUGGUGCUAUUCAUCGAUAUUUACCAUCAAACUCUUAUCACUCUUCCAAUCUUAUUCAAUAUCAACUUCAAUCUUAUUGUAUGACUCUUCGUCGUUUGCAUAUUCGACUAAAUCAAAUAUGUUUUUUUGAAAAUCUUAUUGAAUAUGUACCAAAUCUCGAAGAAAUAACAGUUGAGUUUGAUCAAACAAUCACUUCAUAUGUAUUAAACACAACAAAUAUUGAAAGAUUGAGUCAAUCAAAUCAAAAUUGGCUUUAUAAAGUACCAAAACUACGAUGUUUUAGUUUAAAAACUUUCAUUAACAAUGAUUCAGAUAUUAUUUAUUUGAAAUGGCUUCUUAAUAAUAUGAAUUAUAUUGAAAAACUUCAACUUCAUCUUAGAAGUGAUAAACUAAUCGAAACAAAAUGUCAAAAUAUAUUAAAAUCUUUUAUUGAUGCAAAUUUUAUUCGUCAAUAUUGUUUACCUGAUAUAAUACCUAAUUUGAUUUAUUUCAAUUUUUAUAUUUAUUCACAAUGUCAAUUAUCAUUUAAUGAUAUAGAAAGAAUAACUAAUUCAUUUAAAAUUCAUUCUUUUUUUAUCGAACAACAGUGGACAAAUGUUAAAUGUUUGUUUGAUCCAAUAGUAUCAUGCCAACAUCUUUUCUCUUUUUUCACUAAUACAUCUCAAAUAUCCGAUAAUCUUAUGUAA